GCGGCAUCGAUUCCCUGCCGUUUUUGCUUCCUAUGACUUCAAUUCCAUGGAACACUCAGUUGCGAGAGCUAGCAAAGCAAUGCCAGUACCUCCAAGCUCUAACUCUCUACCGCCAAAUGCUGCGCUGCGGUUCCACCCCGAACGCCUUCUCUUUCCCUUUCGCUCUCAAAUCCUCGGCUUCCCUUUCACUCCCUUUCUCCAGCCAACAACUCCACUGCCACGUCAUCAAAUCCGGUUGCUCCCUGGAACCCUUUGUUCUCACUUCUCUAAUAUCAAUGUACUGUAAAUUCAACUCCGUCGAACACGCCCGCAAAGUGUUCGAUGAAAACCCAAUAUCAAAUCAAUUAACGGUUUGUUACAAUGCUUUGCUUUCAGGCUACGCGCUAACUUCCCGUCUUUUUGAAGGAUUUUCUUUGUUUUGUAAAAUGAGAGAAAUGGGUGUUUCUGUUAAUUCAGUUACAAUUUUGGGUUUAAUUCCGAUGUUUUCUGAACCAGGGUAUUUUAGCGCAGGGAUGUCUUUUCAUUGCUGUUGUGUGAAAUUAGGGUUGAAUCUUGAUUUCUCUGUUUCUAAUUGUUUGCUUACAAUGUACGUAAAAUGUGGGGCGGUUGAGUUUGGUAGGAAGUUGUUUGAUGAGAUGCCCAAAAAGGGUUUGAUUACUUGGAAUGCUAUGAUUUCAGGGUACGCGCAGAAUGGACUUGCUUCUAAUGUUUUAGAACUUUAUAAAAAAAUGAAAGCUUGUAGGAUUUGUGCGGAUGCUGUCACAUUUGUUGGGGUUUUAUCGUCCUGUGCUCACCUUGGCGCUAUUAGUGUUGGUCGUGAGGUUGAACAGCAGAUAGAGUCUAGUGGAUUUAGUUUGAAUCCAUUUUUGAAUAAUGCGCUGAUUAAUAUGUACGCUAGGUGUGGUAAUUUGGUCAAGGCUCGUGCUAUUUUUGAUGGUAUGCCUAUGAAAAGUGUGGUUUCAUGGACAGCGAUUAUAGGUGGAUACGGAAUGCAUGGAUAUGGAGAGAUUGCAGUGGAGUUAUUCGAUGAGAUGAUCAAGGGUGGUAUUAGGCCUGAUGGUGCUGCAUUUGUGAGUGUCUUGUGUGCAUGUAGCCAUGCGGGUUUGACUGAAAAAGGCUUGGAUUAUUUUGUUGAAAUGGAGACGAAGCAUCGGUUGCAGCCAGGUCCUGAGCAUUAUUCUUGCGUGGUGGAUCUUCUAGGUCGGGCUGGUCGGCUGUAUGAAGCUUUGGAGCUCGUUAAAUCAAUGCAAGUAAAGCCAGAUGGUGCAGUCUGGGGGGCCCUUUUGGGUGCCUGCAAAAUUCACCAUAAUGUAGAGAUAGCAGAGUUGGCUUUCGAACAAGUUAUAGAGCUUGAGCCCACAAAUAUUGGUUAUUAUGUUCUGCUAUCCAAUAUUUAUGCUGAGGCAGAGAAUUUGGAAGGAGUGCUAAAGGUUAGAGUAAUGAUGAGGGAGCGGAAUCUCAAAAAGGAUCCAGGAUGUAGCCAUCUUGAACAUAAAGGGAGAGUUUACCUUUUCUUAUGUGGGGACCAAAGCCAUCCACAAUCAGUGGAGAUAUACAGAAUGGUAGAUGAGCUGGAAACUUUGGUGAAGAAACUUGUUGGCUGUAAAAACAAUCAAGAAAGGAGAAGUAAAGAACUUUUCCUUGGGAUGGGCGUUCAUAGUGAAAAGUUGGCAAUUGUGUUCGGACUGUUGAACUCCGAGCCAGGGACAGAGAUUGUUGUGAUAAAAAACCUUAGAGUGUGUGAAGAUUGCCAUUUGUUUCUCAAGGGGGUCAGCAAGAUUGUGGAUCGUCAACUUGUUGUUAGAGAUGCAACCCGUUUCCACCAUUUCAGGGAUGGGCUAUGUUCAUGCAAAGACUAUUGGGAGAAGACUGAAGAUUUGAGUUUCAAAAUAUUUGAAUUUGAGAAUUACAUCCCCAAGCAUAAGCCUGUGGAUUGCUGGUUUAGCAGAAGGCGGCUGCAAGAAUAUAUGGUCAACUGUUCUAUGGAUAAGCUUUGGGUUGAUUAGAAAUGGUACCAAAGAAAUAAGCUGAGAUGAAGAAGAAAGGCCUUGGACAGCAUCCCUUAACAGUUCAUAAAAGGCCAAAUCCUAGGUGAUGAGAAGAUAACAUCCCCUCUGGAGGGCCUUCGGAGAAAGAGGUGGCAAUCAACUAGCCAUGCUUGAGGUUGAUUUAUUGAUCGAUGCAUCCCUACCCCAGUUUGCCAAGCAGACUUGCUGUUCUACUGGAGGGCCUCUGGAGAAUGACCGGGAAUAUUGAUCUGGGUUUGUCAAUGAGGAAGCAUUCCUUGUACUAACUAGUAAGUGCAAAUAACUGCUUCACCUUAGUUGCAGUGGGCAAGAGUUCGAGUAAAGAGAUUAUAUUUGAGACAGAGAAAAAUGUGCAAGCAAAUUUUGAGAAACCUGUUGAGCAUUCUUAUUUCCGCUUGUACCUUUUCUCUUGUUUGUACUUGUAUAUUUCCAAUUGAUCGUUGUACCAGUUGGUCAAACACAAUUGCUCUCAUUUUGUAGAAUCAUGCAUCCACUUCCUUACAUGAUCAAUACACUCAAAACAAGAGGAGAUUGCCUCGAGUUUGAACUAUU